AACGCGGGAAGUGGGGUCCAGGCACCGUUCUCUCCACCGUUAAGGCUGUUUCAGUCCCAGCGCGAGCGGGUAGCCCGGCCGAGACGUCGGGUGCGACGCCAUGGAAGUGGUGGAGGCCGCCGCUGCGCAGCUGGAGACUCUGAAAUUUGGCGGCACCGGCUUCGGGGGUGGCCACGGCGAGGCGGCGCCGUCCCCGGACACCGUUCCUGUCUCAGAGCCACCGCCGCCACCACCGUCGGAUGAGGGGGCCCCAGACACUGGGCGGGAGGGGGAGGCGCAACCAGCCGGGGAGCAGCCGCCUGAAUUCUUUAAACUUUUCCUUUCCUACAGUGAAACAGAUUCAGAUAGUUCAAGCUCUUCCUCUUCCUCAUCAUCAUCCUCAUCUUCCUCUUCCUCUCGAAUAUUAGUUCCUCCAGUGCUGUCAGAUGGAGAUGAAGAUGUACAAGUUGAGAAGGAAAAUAAGAAUUUUCCUCUUAUUAAAACAAAAGAUGAAUUACUUCUUAAUGAACUACCUUCAGUUGAAGAACUAACUAUUAUUUUGCCUGAAGAUAUUGAAUUAAAGCCUCUUGGGAUGGUUUCAAGUAUUAUUGAACAAUUAGUAAUAAUUGAAUCUAUGCCUAAACUACCUCCAGUUAAUGAGGAGACUGUAAUUUUUAAGAGCGAUCGGCAGACAGCAGGGAAGAUAUUUGAGAUAUUUGGACCUGUUGCACAUCCAUUUUAUGUAUUACGGUUUAAUUCUUCAGAACACAUUGAGAGUAAAGGUAUUAAAAUGAAGGACACUAUGUAUUUUGCUCCAUCAAUGAAAGACUUCACCCAAUAUGUAUUCACAGGAAAACAGGAGAAGGGAUCGGAUGCAUCAUGGGAAAAUGAUCAAGAACCACCACCAGACGCCUUAGAUUUCAGUGAUGAUGAAAAGGAAAAAGAAGCCAAACACAGAAAAAAAAAUCGCAUUCAAGGCCGGAAAAAAUUUAAAUCUCAAUUUAAUGAGUCAGGUGAAGAUUUUGCAGAAGUACAUCAAAAUUGGAAUGCUCAUAGCUCUUCUUCAGAGCAUUCACAGGGAUAUCGAAACAGAGAAUUCACACCAGGAUUUUCCCGGGGUAGAUAUGCUCGACCUUGCCAUGGCAGGCCCCCACCUCCACAGUUUUAUAACUCGGAGCAUAUGGUACCUCAGGAGACUUCAGGAUUCCCACCUCAGAGACAAGAUAAUCUUAUGCCACAGUAUCCCUUUCCUCCUCCAGGGUUUGACAUGCAUAAUUUUUCACUCCCUCCUCCACUACCACCACCACCUCCACCUCCACCACCUGCAUUUGUAAACAUGGGUUGGCCUGCACCUAACAUGCCACCUCAUCCAUUAUAUCCCAUACCAUACUCCAUACCCCCACCUCCUCCCCCUCCACCCCUGCCUCCCUCCUCCUCUGCUGGAGAUAGUAAUUCUUCUCAUUUUGGAUCUUACUAUUAGGUAAAUAUGUGCAUUACCAGAGAAAUGUAUAAAUUUUUUUUUAUUUUAUAUGGGAAAGCUUUUUCUUUUAUAUAGGAAGAAUUUUUUUUUAAGAGAGAGAUUAUGGCUCUAGAUUUUUAAUACAUUGUGAAAAACUGAAUGUUUACUUUAGUUAUAAGUUGAUAUAUAUUUAUAACCUUUGUGAAAUUGUAUCCAUAUGAAAAUUUCAAUUUAGAUUUGUAGGGGAAAUUACAAUUAUGUAAUAUUUAAUUAAAACUUAAUCCAUGUUUAAUAAACAAUAUAUAUAGGUUUAAGAAUAGAUUCUGAAGCAACUUUUAUCAUGGAUGAAAACAUACUGGACAUACUGAUUUUCUUGUUGGUCUAUCUGAAAAUAUGAUGUUGAAGUCUUAUUGAGAGUCUUUAAAAUAAACUAUUUUUAUAAAUUUA